AUGUUAGAAGCAACAACAGUAACAGCAAGCCCUGUAAGCCAGGUAAAUUUCAAGCUUGACAGCAAUAGUAACAAUACUGAAACAGAGAAGUCAAUACCGAACUUUUCAAUACCCAAGCCGGAAUCUAAAAAUCACUUAGAACAACUGAUUUACAGAUACCGUGCUAUUCAAGAACAACCUAAAGCAAAUAAAUUUGAAAUCGGAUUAUUAGAAAAAACCUUCUCUGAUAUCUCUCAUGAGCAAGAUGAAUACAUUGAAAAGUUAAAUGACAUUAGAAGUGAUGCAAAUAUUAAGCAGAGUAAAUAUGAUAAAGCGGUUCUGCAAAGACAAUUAUUAGCCUUACAAUUUCUAGAAAGAGAUAUGGACAUUCCUGAUGGAAUUUUACUCGAUGAUGAUAAGAUGCAAGAUGCUAAAGAUGCUCAAGAUACCUCUGAUGUUUUAAAACCAAUCAAACUAACCUUUGAUUUCAACGAAAAUGCUAGGAGUCUAGGACUACUUGAUAAAUUCUCAAACAUAACUAAAACCGAUCUAGGUAAACAGGAAACCGAAAAUUUGAUUUCAAAACAAAUUGCACAAAGGAUUAAGGAGUUGGAAAGACUACCUGCAAACCUAGGUUCUUAUUCACUGGAUGAUUGCUUGGAAUUUCUUACCAAAAGCGAUCUACCAUCAAACAUCGAUAAUCUAAAAAUUAGAGCUCUAAUCGAAUUGAAAAGUCUAAAAAUGCUAACCAAACAAAAGUCUUUAAGACAAAAGUUAAUUAACAAUGUUACAGGACAGGCACACCAUUCUAUUCCAUAUUUGCGUGACUCUCCAUUUACCAUAGCUGCUCAAAGAUCUGUUCAAAUUAGACCUAAAGUUAUUGUGCCACAAACAGUAAGAUUGGCUGAAGAAUUAGAAAGACAACAACUACUAGAGAAGCGUAAGAAGGAAAGGAACUUGCAUCUAAAGAAAAUCUAUAGCAUUAUUGAUUUUGUGCAAGAAAAUCAAAAUUCUACAUUUAAUCAUCGUGAUCGUUGCGCUCAGUUUGGUAAAAUAUGUCAGUCAGUACAUAGUCAAAUUGAAAAAGAUGAACAGAGAAGAAUUGAAAGAACCGCAAAACAACGUUUACAAGCUUUGAAAUCUAACGAUGAAGAGGCAUAUUUGAAAUUAUUGGAUCAAACAAAAGAUACAAGAAUUACCCAAUUAUUGAGACAAACGAAUUCAUUUUUGGAUUCCUUGGCACAAGCAGUCAGAGUACAACAAAAUGAAGCAAAAUUAUUGAGGGGUGAGGAGAUUCCACCUAUUACAGAUGAAGAAAGAGAAAAAACUGAUUAUUAUGAGGUAGCUCACCAAAUCAAAGAAAAAAUUGACAAACAACCUUCUAUGCUUGUUGGUGGGACCCUAAAGGAAUAUCAAAUCCGUGGUUUAGAAUGGAUGGUCUCAUUAUACAAUAACCAUCUAAACGGUAUCCUUGCCGAUGAAAUGGGUUUAGGUAAGACUAUCCAAUCUAUCUCUCUUAUUACUUACCUAUUUGAGGAAAAGAAGGAUCCUGGUCCAUACUUAGUAAUUGUUCCAUUAUCAACUAUUACUAAUUGGACACUAGAAUUUGAGAAAUGGGCCCCAUCAUUGAAUACCGUAAUUUAUAAAGGUACACCAAAUCAAAGACGUAAUCUACAGCAUCAAGUUAGAAUUGGAAAUUUCGAUGUCUUGUUGACAACUUACGAAUAUAUCAUUAAAGACCGAGCAUUAUUGGCUAAGCAUGAAUGGACCCAUAUGAUUAUAGAUGAAGGUCAUAGAAUGAAGAAUGCCCAGUCGAAGUUAUCUUAUACUAUUACUCAUUAUUACAAGACGAGGCAUAGAUUAAUUUUAACUGGUACACCAUUGCAAAAUAAUUUACCAGAAUUAUGGGCAUUAUUAAAUUUUGUUCUACCCAAGAUUUUCAAUUCGGCAAAGACAUUUGAAGAUUGGUUCAACACACCAUUUGCUAAUACUGGUACUGGUGAAAAGUUAGAAUUGACAGAAGAAGAAACGUUGUUGGUUAUUCGAAGAUUACACAAAGUGUUAAGACCAUUCCUUCUUCGUCGUUUGAAGAAGGAGGUUGAAAAGGACUUACCUGAUAAAGUUGAAAAAGUGGUCAAAUGUAAACUUUCUGGGUUACAACAACAAUUAUAUGAGCAAAUGCUAAAACAUAAUGCAUUAUUCCUUGGUGAAGGUACUGAAGGUGCCACAAAGAGUGGUAUUAAGGGUUUGAAUAAUAAGAUUAUGCAACUGAGAAAGAUAUGUAAUCAUCCAUUUGUCUUCGAUGAAGUCGAAGGUGUUAUUAAUCCAACAAGAGCCAAUAGUAAUCUAUUGUACAGAGUUUCUGGGAAAUUUGAACUAUUAAAUCGUGUCUUACCUAAAUUUAAGGCAGCAGGCCAUAGAGUUCUAAUGUUCUUCCAAAUGACACAAGUUAUGGAUAUCAUGGAAGAUUUCUUGAGAAUGAAAGAUUUGAAGUAUAUGAGGUUAGAUGGUAGUACUAAAGCUGAUGACAGAACCGGUAUGUUAAAUGAUUUUAAUGCACCAGAUUCUGAUUACUUCUGUUUCCUACUGUCUACCAGAGCAGGUGGGUUAGGUUUAAAUCUUCAAACAGCCGAUACAGUCAUUAUCUUCGAUACAGAUUGGAAUCCGCAUCAGGAUUUGCAAGCACAAGAUAGAGCUCAUAGAAUUGGUCAAAAGAAUGAAGUUAGAAUUUUAAGAUUAAUUACGACUGAUUCCGUGGAAGAAGUUAUUCUCGAAAGGGCUAUGCAGAAGCUGGAUAUUGAUGGUAAGGUCAUUCAAGCUGGUAAAUUUGAUAACAAAUCUACUGCUGAAGAACAAGAAGCAUUCUUGAGAAGAUUGAUUGAAAACGAAUCCACUAAAGAUAAUGAUGACGAUGCUGAAUUAGAUGAUGACGAGUUAAAUGAAAUGUUAGCUCGUAAUGAAGAUGAGAAAAUUCUUUUCGAUAAGAUAGAUAAGGAAAGAACAAAAGAGGAAAGACGUGAGGCUAAAGCUGAAGGACUUUCUGCUCCUCUGCCAAGACUUAUCCAAGUUGAUGAACUUCCAAAGAUUUUUACUGAAGAUAUUUCUGAUCAUUUGAAAGAAGAACCUGUUGCUGAAGGGAGAAUAAGAAAGAUGAAACGAGUAUAUUACGAUGAUGGGUUAACUGAAGAACAAUUCUUAGAAGCUGUGGAAAAUGAGGAUGAAACACUGGAAGGCGCUAUUCAGAAGAGAAGGGAAGCUCGUGAAAGGAGACAACGGAGCAAGCAGGAAAAGGAUCUUGGAAUAAGAACAUUAGAAAAUACCCCUGAAGUUGAUGCUGCUAUCCCUGAUGAUAAAGUCGAAAAUGAAGAUUUACCCGAUGGGCCAGAAGAACCAGCAAUUCCCCAAGAACCCAAACGUAAAACAAGGAAAAGGAAGGCAAAGGAAGCUGUGGAGCAUGUUGAGCAUGAUGCUUCAUUAGAAAAUCACGAUGAGACUAGUAUUUCAGAAGCUACUGAAAAUAAAAGACCCAAGUUGAAGAUAAAGCUCACAAUGAAAAGAGGGAAGAAAGAAGAAUCUGUGUCUUCUAAUGAUGCUGAUCAACUUAACGGCAAUGGUAAAGGAACUAUUAACGAAGAUGUUGAACCAGAGAAAACCUCUAACAAAGUUAAUAAUACUAAAGCGAAGGGAAAGAAAGCAAAGAAAUCAUUGGCAUCUGAGUGCACACCUGUAGUCGAGAAACUGUUAGCUAUCAUGCGUGAACAGCUUGAUGAUACCGACGGUCAUCCCCUUACAGGGAUCUUCGAACAAUUGCCAUCCAAGAAGUUAUACCCAGAUUAUUAUGUCAUUAUUCAAAAUCCAAUGGCAUUGGAAACCAUUUUAAGGAAAUGUAAGAGGGGUGAAUACAAGAAUCUUUCCGAGGUUAAAGAAGAUAUGCAAACGAUGUUUAAUAAUGCCAGAUUUUACAAUGAAGAAGGUUCAUGGGUCUAUAAUGACGCUGACAAAUUAAACGAAUUUGUGAACCAAUGGUUCAAAGACCACCAAGAAGAAUAA